CUGCCCGUGGUCCCGCCCCUUCCCGUGGCCGCCCGGAUCCACUUCCGGCGGCGACAGCGGCGUCCGGGCUAGCUUCCUGCGCGAGCCGUCAGGGGCUAGUUCCUAACUCCUCACCCCGGGCUUGCUGGCGAGGUCUCAUUUAGGUCUCCAGGGGCCCAGCCGAGGCCCGGGAGGCGCGACCCGGGCUGCAUACGGCACAGCUGCCUCCAAAGUGGUAAAAUGUGCUGCGAGAAGUGGAGCCGCGUGGCGGAAAUGUUUCUCUUCCUUGAAGACCGGGAGGAGGAAUGUAAGAUCCUGUGCCUUUGCUCCAGGGCAUUUGUAGAGGAUCGAAAAUUGUACAAUAUGGGAUUAAAAGGCUAUUACAUCAGAGACAGUGACAACAAUUCAGGAGACCAGGCGACAGAAGAGGAGGAAGGUGAUUAUUCCUGUGGUACUGCAGAAUCACACGACAGCAAAGGUCUAGACCUAGAUGGAAAUGAGCUUGACUCUGAGGCCGAACUCAUGAGAAGUAUGGGAUUGCCACUUCAGUUUGGUAGGGUAUCUGCACAUAAGAAUUUUGAGGUAUCUACGAAUACUAGAAAUAAAGCUAAAAUAAAAAAGAAAAAGAAACAUCAAAAGAAAUACUUAGAUGAAAUUAUGCAAGAAUCUUGGAGAAAAGAAUAUGAAGAAGGUGACAUUUUGGCUUCAGAUGAUCCAUCUUCAGUUGAACAGUGUGAGAACACCAGAAGAUGUAAACUUCAAAGCAAAAAAGAUACUGAGGUGGAAAAUCAUCCUGUUGAAAACACACUAUCUCCAAAGCUAGACAUUAUGGAGAAAUGGGAAAACUAUUGGAAUGAAUAUGGUGGAGGAUUGUUGUGGCAAAGUUGGCAAGAAAAACAUCCAGAUCAAGCACUAUCUUCUGAACCUUGGAACUUUCCUGAUACAAAGGAAGAAUGGGAGCAACAUUAUAGUCAACUUUAUUGGUAUUAUUUGGAACAGUUUCAGUAUUGGGAAGCUCAGGGGUGGACUUUUGAUGCCUUGCAAAGCUGUGAUACAGAUGCUUACACAUCUAAAACAGAAGCUGACAAGAAAGAUGAAAAUUGCACGAAAGUUGACAUAGUAGUAUCUUUUCCAUCUACACCUGUUACGGUUCAUAAUGACAGCUCUGGUACAAGUGAUAAGGAUCAUAGUGAAAUACUUAAUGGAAUUAGUAACAUAAACCUGAAUUCAGAGGAAGUAGAACAGAGCCAGCUAGAGUCCUUUAUAAGUCAGGAUGGUCAUCAACAGCUAAGUGAAGUUAGUUGUAGAAGAGAGUGCCCUGCGUCCAGCCAAAGUGAACCAUGUAACGGAGGAACCAAUGAGGAAAGCAACUUAUCAGGAAAUAGAAGCACAGACCCAGGAGCUCAGGGUUCACAGAAGUCUUCGGGGACAAACACAAGCCAAGUCAGACUACACGCCAGUGGUACUGAUGGAGAUGAAAGUGAGGAAGAUCCACCUGAGCAUAAGCCAGGCAAACUCAAGAGGAGCCAUGAACUGGACAUCGAUGAAAACCCAACUUCAGACUUUGAUGACAGUGGUUCCCUUCUAGGAUUCAAGCAUGGCUCAGGACAAAAAUAUGGUGGAAUUCCAAAUUUCAGUCAUUGGCAGGUCAGAUAUCUAGAGAAGAAUAUGAAGCAUAAGUCUAAGUACCUGGACAUGCGCAGACAAAUAAAAAUGAAAAACAAACACAUCUUCUUUACCGAAGAGUCAGAAAAACCAUUUUUCAAGAAAAGCAAAACUCUGAGUAAGGUAGAAAAAUUCCUAACAUGGGUUAAUAAACCAAUGGAUGAAGAAGCAUCACAGGAAUCGUCUUCUCAUGACAAUGUGCACGGCACUUCCACAAGUAGUGAUUCAGAGGAACAAGACAUGUCUGUUAAAAAAGGUGAUGACCUCCUGGAGUCCAGUCAUCCAGAACCUGGAAAGUGUCAGAGCGUAACUUCAGCUGGUGAACUUGAAACAGAAAACUAUGAAGGAGACAGCUUGGUAGCAACUAUUCCAGAUGAGCAGGAUUGUGUCACUCAAGAAGUACCAGGCUCCCUCCAGGCAGAAACUGAAGCUGAAGUGAAAAAGAAGAAGAACAAGAAGAAGAACAAAAAGGUGAAUGGUCUGCCUCCUGAAAUAGCUGCUGUUCCUGAGCUGGCAAAGUACUGGGCCCAGAGGUACAGGCUCUUCUCCCGUUUUGAUGAUGGGAUUAAGUUGGACAGAGAGGGCUGGUUUUCAGUUACACCCGAGAAGAUUGCUGAACACAUUGCUGGCCGUGUCAGUCACUCCUUCAAGUGUGACGUGGUAGUGGAUGCAUUCUGUGGGGUUGGAGGAAAUACCAUUCAGUUUGCCUUAACAGGAAUGAGAGUGAUUGCCGUUGAUAUCGAUCCUGUUAAGAUUGCUCUUGCUCGUAAUAAUGCAGAAGUUUAUGGAAUAGCAGAUAAGAUAGAGUUUAUCUGUGGAGAUUUCUUGCUGCUGGCUCCUUGUUUAAAGGCUGAUGUUGUGUUCCUCAGCCCACCUUGGGGAGGGCCAGACUACGCCACUGCAGAGACCUUUGACAUUAGGACAAUGAUGUCUCCUGAUGGCUUUGAAAUUUUCAGACUUUCCAAGAAGAUUACUAAUAAUAUUGUUUAUUUUCUUCCAAGAAAUGCUGAUAUUGACCAGGUGGCAUCCUUGGCUGGGCCUGGAGGGCAAGUGGAAAUAGAACAGAACUUCCUUAACAAUAAAUUGAAGACAAUCACUGCAUAUUUUGGUGACCUAAUUCGAAAACCAGCCUCUGAACCUAACUGUGCGGCAGUGCAAGGACAAAAGAUCGUGGAGUAAUCAAAACAUUAUUCAGAUGAGGAACUAACCUUUCUCCAGAAUUUGAAAUCUGACCGGUGUGUGUGUGUACAUACAUGUGUAUUCAUACGUGUGUAUGUGUUUCUGAAAUUAUCCACCUAUCCCUGUGCCAUAUGUUUUUAAUUACUGUAGUUUUCAUCAUAUGUGUUGACAGUUGUGAAUUCCCCAUUCUCUUAUUAAAUUCUUUGGGAUUUAAUUUUCAGGUGAGGAAAUGUGAUGUCUUCGCAACAUUGAAUCUUCCUCUCCAAGGACUUGAUACGUCCAUCCAGUAUUCUGAUCAUUUAUGUUUUUCAGUAAAGUAUCAUUUAUCUGUAUAGACCUUGCAUUUUUUUGCCAAUUUUAUUUCUUCAUAUUUCCCACUUUUUGGUAAAUUUUCUUUCCUUUUUUUAUUUUUUCUUUUAGAGACAGUCUUGCUCUAUCACCCAGGCUGGAGUGCAGUGGCACAAUGUUGGCUCACUGCAACUUCCACCUCCCAGGCUCAAGCAAUUCUCCUGCCUCAGACUCCAGAGCAGCUGGGACUACAGGCACCCGCCACCAUGCCCGACCAAUUUUUGUAUUUUUAGUAGAGAUGGGAUUUCACCAUAUUUGCCUGGCUGGUCUCGAACUCCUGACCUCAAGUGAUCCACUCACCUCAGCCUCCCAAAGUAUUGGGAUUACAAGCAUGAGCUACCACCCCCAGCCAGAUUUUGAGUAGAAUCUUUUUUUGUUAAAUUUUGUAAUUAAUAUAUUGUCUAUAUAAGAAUGCUUUUGAGCAGCCAGGCUCAGUGGCUCACACCUCUAAUCCCAGCACUUUGGGAGGCUGAAGCGGGAAGAUCACCUGAGGUCAGGAGUUUGAGACCAGCCUGACCAGUGAAACCCUGUCUCUACUAAAAAUAAAAAAAUUAUAGUGGUGGCACACGCCUGUAGUCCCAGCUGCUCGGGAGGCUUGAGGCAGGAGAAUCUCUUGAACCUGGGAGAUGGAGGUUGCAGUGAGCCAAGAUUGUACCACUGUACUCCAUCUGGGUGACAGAGCAAGACUCUGUCUCUAAUUUUUGUUUGUUUACCCCUCCCUCCCCACUAUAGUUUUUAAUUGAUACACUUUGAUUUUCUAAAAAAGCAGUCAUGACAUCUACACAUGAGUUUUUCUCUUUGCCAAUAUUUAAGCCUCUCAAUUUUUAUCCUUUUCUUAUUGCAUCGGUUAGAACAGCCAGGAAUGUUGUAAUAACAGCACUUGUUCCUUUUUAUUUUGCAGUGAAAUGUUAGAAGCAUUUCUAUUAAAUGUUAUUGUAGCUCGCAUCAAAAUUAAGAUAUUGUCCCUCUUAUUUUUUUUAUUUUAGGCUUCCUCAUAUCAUGGGGUUCUACUUUUUUAUUUCAUGUAGGAAAGUCUAAAUUACUUUAAAAUUUUCAAAUUAUUUAACUCUAUCUGUGUUCCUUUGAUUAAUUAAUCUGACUGUGUUAUGACAUUAAAUGGUUCACUGGUGGAUUUCAUUUGAUACAUGUAAUUUCUUCUGUUUAGUUUAUGUUUGCUUUUUGUGCACGUUGCCUGGUUUUGGCAUCCAAGUAAAGCUGUUCUGGUAGAA